AUGACACAGCCAAUUGCAUUCAUUCUCGGUGGUGGCCUCCGGAUUGGCCAUGCCGUCGCGGCGAAAUUUGUCUCACAAGGCUACAGCGUCGCGCUGGGACGGCGCAGCAUCCAGGCCUCGGUUGGCAUCAAAGGCGUGACGCCUGUGGCAGUAGACGUGGCGAGUAUGCAGUCUGUCGAGGCGGCAUUUGCGGAGGUCGAGAUCAAGCUGGGGUUUCCGACAGUGGUCGUUUACAACGGUGAAGCCCCCUCUAUGAGCCCCCUUCUCGUCCCGCCCGAGGCAUUUGCGAACGACACGGCCAUCAACGUAACAGGUGGGUACGCGGCGCUAUAUGCAGCAACCCGUGGAUGGGAGAGGCUUCGCGAGGGCGGCUCGGCUACUCAUAAACAUCAAGGGGUGUUUAUCGCGACGGGAAAUGUGACGCCGUUUUAUCCAAAUCCAAUCGCGACCUCGCUAGCGGCCGGGAAAGCGGCGCUCGUGCACCUGAUCGAGCUAGCGGAGCAGGAGUUCUAUUUCGUGUCGCAGAUCCUGGAUGACGGUGGCCCAGUGCCAUACGACCUUGUCAAAGGUGGCGCACACGCGGAAGCGUACUGGGAGAUUGUGCAGGGGAAGGUGGGCAAGGAUACCUGGGAUGUGAGAUUUGUGGUUGGAAAUGAUGGGAGUAUUAAGUAUGGGAUGGGACGAUAA